AUGAGGAACACCCAUCCUCACGGCAGCAUCAUCAUCCACGCAGCAGCUCCUCCUCUCCACGGCAGCAAUCAUCAUCCACACGGCCCCCCCGGCACUCACACAGCCAUAGAUCCCACUCUGCCUCCUCACUUUAAUGCACUAGCAGCAUCAACGCCCACGUCGACGAAUCGCCACAGCCACGCCGUCGAGGUGCACCAGCACUCCAACUCUCAUCCUCACCAUCAUCGUCACCGGAAAAAGUCGUCGUCGCACAAGAGCCUCAUCGUCGUCUGCCACCAGCCUCGUCUCCGUCACCAUCACAACCAGCGCACCAGAAGCACCAACAAGACGUCACCACCGCCGUCGCUCACCCUCACCGCCGCCCACCAUCAUCUCGCACAGCUCCCCGAUUCCCCGGCCAUCUGCUCCUCACAGCUCCGGCCACCCACUCCGCGCAACCACAACCUCCUAGACGUCUGA